UAAAACACUGACUGCAUUUUAAAGAGCUUCACGUGAGGUGUAAUGUGGGCAGGUGUUUGACACUGGGAUAUGUGCCGUUAUCAUGAAUUGUAAGCAUGACCUCCGUCCGCUUAACACCAACACCGGUGUGCACCGUGGAGUAAAAUAAACGCCCUCCGGCUCCCUUACGUUAGCUUGCCCGGUUAGCCACCAGUGGAGAAGCCAAGCCUUCAAUUCGGGGACAGCGAUGUUUUCUGACUUUAGCUGGCACAACGCAUGUGAUCUUUCUAAAUGUCCACGGAAACAGUUGACUAAAGUUUGACAGCUCUUCUGCCAGUUUUAAUUUGGAAAAAGCUACCCAGAGGAAGCAGUGCUGGAUAUUUGCCUGGAUUACUGAGUCUUUUUCUGUGGCAAUAGAAUAGAUCUAUUGCUCAUGACCACAUUUGAAGCCAGUCCUGAUUCGUGAGUCAGAAGAGGAGAGGCUGGGCUGAUGACAAGCAUGACAUUGAGCCAAGCCACAGAUGCAUGCCCACUCAAAAGGCCCAACUGAGCGCCAUCCCCUCUGCUUCCCUGCUUUCAACCUGCCUCUCAGAGGGCGGGGUGUCGACGGGGCGUAGCUAGUCUCCUGCACACCCCGAGCAGAACCCUCACUGUGAAACUGGAGGCCUCAGAUGGAUCAGGGUAGUAGUGAGCAGAGUCCAGAGGAGCCGGACGCAGGAGGGCGAGCGGAGCUGGAGCUCGGCAGGAGGGCGUCGGAGUCAGAGCACGGCUUGUCCAAAAUCACCCAUAAUGCCCUGGAGAACAUGGGAGCGUUGGGCCAUGGCCUGAAGCAAUUCUUCCAGCCACAGCGCCGACGCUCCUCCGUUUCCCCGCAUGACUCCGCCUCGUCCUGCGCAAGCGCCCCUCCCUCCGAACCCGCUGACGUAGGGUCAGAAGUAGGGGACACUCCCGCCUCCUCGGCUCUCCCUUUGGAUUCUGACACCCCUGCCACUUCCGCCCCUCCUGCAGCUCUGAGCCGUGUCCUGCAGCAGAUCCGAGGUCCACCAAUGAUAAAGCGAGGCACCAGCCUGCAGAGCCGCCGCAGCAAGGCGGGCGGCACUGGGGACCCUCCCCAGAAAGGUAGCCCACAGAUCCACCGGCGCAGCACCCAUGAAGCCCUGCUGCAGGCUGGACGCCCACGCUCCUCCUCGACCACAGACACACCCAGCAGCCCAGCCUUGGCUGACAUGCUGCUGACCUCCGGUUACCACUCCACUGAAGAGCCCGACAAGCUUGAUCGUUACGAUGCAUUGGGCCCUGCUAUAUCACCCAAUGCCCUUCCAUACGGCGCAGAUGGAUAUGACGUGGUUGACAGUACCCCAGACCCCCAGCGUACCAAGCAGGCCAUUGCCCAACUGCAACAGAAGAUUCUCAAGCUCACAGAACAAAUCAAGAUAGAACAAACUGCACGUGACGACAAUGUGGCCGAAUACCUGAAACUCGCCAAUAACGCUGACAAACAGCAGAGUGCACGCAUUAAACAGGUGUUCGAGAAGAAGAACCAAAAGUCGGCUCAAACUAUCCAGCAGCUGCAGAGGAAGCUUGAGCACUACCACCGGAAGCUUCGAGAGGUGGAGCACAACGGCAUCCCUCGCCAGCCCAAAGACGUUUUCCGAGACAUGCAUCAGGGCCUGAAGGACGUUGGAGCCAAGGUAACAGGAGGCCUCUCCAGCUUCUCUCAAGCAACUCAUUCUGCAGCUGGAGCUGUGGUGUCCAAGCCGAAAGAAAUAGCUAACAUCAUCCGUAACAAGUUUGGCAGCGCUGAUAACAUCGCAGCUCUGAAGGACUCUCUCGAUGAAACCCAAGGAGAUGAUGGCGUUGGUCCUGGGGGAGCAAGGGCACUUGGAACAGGGCCCUUGCCAUCCAGCCCAAAGUAUCCCAGUGAUGAUGACUGCUCUAGUGCUACUUCUGGUUCUGCAGGAGCAAACAGCACCCCUGGUGCCCCAGGAGGCCCCCCCAGCUCUAAGGGCAACACCCUUGAUCAUCCACAAGCCUCAGGCUUUGAUGCUAUACUCCACGAGAUCCAAGAGCUUCGGGAAAACCAAGGUCGACUCGAGGAGUCCUUUGAAAAUUUAAAAGCCCACUAUCAGCGGGACUACACUAUGAUCAUGGAGGGGCUGCAAGAGGAACGAUACAGGUGUGAACGUUUAGAAGAACAACUGAAUGACUUGACAGAACUGCACCAGAAUGAAAUUUUGAACUUGAAACAAGAACUGGCGAGCAUGGAGGAGAAGAUCGCCUAUCAGUCUUAUGAACGAGCGAGAGACAUACAGGAGGCGCUGGAGGCUUGUCAGACACGCAUUUCCAAAAUGGAGCUGCAGCAGCAGCAACAGCAGGUGGUGCAGCUGGAGGGUUUGGAGAAUGCCACAGCGCGGACUCUUCUUGGAAAACUAAUCAAUGUGCUGCUAGCUGUGAUGGCAGUCCUUUUGGUGUUUGUGUCCACAGUGGCUAACUGCGUCGUGCCCCUGAUGAAAACCCGCAGCCGCACGCUUUCUACGUUGCUGCUCGUAAUUAUCCUCGCCAUCCUCUGGAGGCACUGGGAUGCCAUUUCAGAGUAUAUGCAUCGCUUUCUUCUGCACCCCAGAUGACCGGCCUGGAGAAGGUGCAUUUAGGUAAUUUAAACAUGAAGGGACCGGAGGUGUGAAAGCGAUAAUAAAGGAAUGACACUGGCCCAUGUGGGGAGAUGAAUCUCAGCAGUCCUUCUUUUUCCAGCAGCUUCUCAAAACACUCAGGAGGAUUACAAAGCUGUCUGUCACUUUACUGCUCUAUGAAAUACGUUUUGAGGAGAAUACAAGUGGAUACGGAGAGAAAAGGCUGGAUGUUUGAUAUGGACUUUCUAUAUCUGGUGCAAUUGUGGCAGGAGCAUACUGUAAAAGGGUGAACGGGGCAUAGUUGAAGGAGGGGGCUGAGAGAACUGCACACUUGAUUUCUCUCUUCUGAGUGAAUUUGUUUACAUGUGGGAAAACUUUUCAUUGUUUCCCCACAGAAAAAAAUAUUAUUCAGAGUUUUAUUACUUUUCAACUGAUUCAAGUGGUAUUGUUUUGAAGUUACUGCUAUUUUUAAUACACCUGAUUGAUGGAUUUUUAUGUUCUUUUUAACUGUAAUGAGCCUACAGUGUUCUGCAGUCAUAGUCGCCCACGCUCUCUUUUUUUGUACUUUUUUUUUCUUCUGCUCUUGUGAUUCAGUUUUUCCCCGUCUGCUUUUUAUUUCCUCUUUGCUCUAUCUUUUCAGAUUUCAGCUUUUAUGACCAACACUUCUUCUCUCUGCUCACUACACUCUAAAGAACGGGGUGCUUGCACAUCAGCUACAUUGCUCUGGGUCAGACAUGUGUGGGUUCUUGUUUCUUACUGGAUGUGUGAAGUCAGUAACACUGGUAACGGCACAGCCAGGAUAUUACUAUUAUGAAAUUUUGUGCUUGGAGUUGCAAUCAUGCAAACUGGACCCUACUAUCCUGGUGGUUUUUCCACUGCAGAGGAAUCAUCUAUGAACUCAUUUAACAUACUUGAAGAGCGGAUAAAGUGCUCAAAGACUCAGUGCUUCCGUACUGUUUCUAUUAGUGACAAUGAAAUAGUAAUACUUUUAGUUGGGUUUUAUUUUGUUUUUUAUUUUUUAAUUAAAGAUAAAUAAAUUUGCUGUUUAAAAACUGAA